GUUUCAAUUUCUUAUUGCUGAAUCAGUUUUUUUAUACCAGUUUCAGUUUCAGUUACGUUGAUUCAUUCAUUCUAUCAGUUUGAUAUCUACGAGACUAAUUCAUAUCCGUUUAGUACAACAGUUCUGGAGGAUUUGAUAGAUUCAACCAUAUAUGGCGUCGGCGCCGCCGAUUAACAAGAUUGAGCGAGCUCAUCAGAUGUAUCGGGAAAGUCAGUAUGAAGAAGCUUUAGGAUUCUACUCCGAGGCGCUUGGUAUGGCCAAAACGAAACCUCAGAAGAUUGCUCUUCAUAGCAACAGAGCCGCUUGUUACCUCAAAUUGCACGAUUUCAAAAAGGCAGCAGAGGAAUGUACUUCUGUGCUUGAGCUCGAUAAUAACCACACCGGAGCACUGAUGUUGCGUGCUCAGACACUAGUCACACUCAAGGAAUAUCAUUCAGCACUCUUCGAUGUUAACAGGCUUAUGGAAUUAAAUCCAUCCUCUGAAGUCUAUCGAAAUCUUCAUGCCCGUCUUAAGACACAAUUGUCACUUGCUCCUAUACCUGAAGAUGAAACCGAGUUUGAAGAACAGAGCGACGAACAGAGUGACAAUGGAGAUGAAAAUGAUGAACAAGAAGAAGUGUUACAUGUAGUAGAAAAAGAUCAAGUUACUCCUCUUCAAGAGGAGGAAAAGGACAAAGGUUGGCAAGCAAUUCCAAAGCCAAAGGGUCAUUCGAGACUUGAUUAUUCACGAUGGGACAGUGUUGAAGACGAAUCAAGUAGCGACGAUGAAGAUGACGAAGACUACGAGGAUUCACAACCGAAAUAUCGGUUUCGCUUAAGAACAGUUGGCGUGCGAUCAGUUAAAUAAUCGAAUUGUGGCAUUGCCAAAAGGUGCAAACUCUACAGAUCCAAAACAAGUCCUCAAUUAGGCUCAAUUGGAUGAUUUUGAAUCACCAAAUUGACCCAAAAAUUCGCUCCAAGUUGGUAUUGAAUUUGUUGCAUACAAAUUCAAAAGGAGUAAAUGUAAACAGUGGGAAUUUGUAAGUUCUUAUGUCAAAUUUGUAAGUUCUUAUGUCAAAUUUGUAUUUUAUAUUAGUACAGGUUAUAAAAAAAAAUAUAUAUAUAUAUGGAGUUCUUAUAAUUAACAAGGGUAGAAAUGGUACUUUUGAUUUGCCAUUAUGAAAUCUUCAAUUAA